AUGAUCUGCUCCGCGGAGGUGAUCGGGAUUUCGCUUAUGCUAGCAUCCGGCAUUUCUGUCACCUGCGAAAUGGUUACAACCAAAGUCAUCCAGGACAUCAUGCGCUUGCCUUUCUGGUACCUGCUGGCAGUUUGUUGUGCCGUGGCCGCCUCCUUCAUUGGCCUGUUCUGGUUGUGCCGAGGCACUGAUUUGCCAAGGUCGGUGGACAUGAAAUGGGUGCUGGCGCGGGCUUUGUUCGAGAACUUGCACUGGAUGCUAGCCAUGCUGUCGGUCCUCGUCGGUGCUGCCCCAGGCGACGUAGCGGCGCUAACAAGCAUUGACAUCAUCGCUGCGGCGCUUUUGGGACUGGUGUUUCUGGGGGAGAGGGUCAGCAUCUUCCACUUCCUUGCCUUGAUUCUGUCAGUCACGGGUGCCCUUUGUAUAUCGCAGCCUCACUUUCUAUUUGGCAACGUAGAGGGGGAGCGGUCCCCUGUUGGCUACUGCAUGGCAAUGCUUUCUGGUUGCUUCCAAGCUUGUUCGUUCAUUUGUGCUCGCAAGUCGACUCAUAUCCCUGCAACCCAACUGGCCUUUGCCUCGCUAGUUUUCGCAGUGCCUGCAGCGUUCUUGCCACCCAUCUGCCAUGUCGGAGCGACAGAGUCUGUUGAGGAAAUGGUAGAGAGGCCCUGGCAAGUCCUGGGUCUUCUGGUCAUUCUGACAGUCUGGGUCUUGGUCUCCAUCUUGCUACCUGCUGCAGGCGCCACAAGAUGUCCAGCUGCGGUGAGUGCUACAGUCUUCACGUCCUCAAGCAUGAUUACGGGCUAUGUAGCGCAGACCGCCCUCUUCAGUGAGGCCCCGAAGCCUCUGAAGUUGCUUGGUGCUGGUUGCAUGCUCUGCAGCGUCGUGAUGAUGGCGGUCCGUUGCCGCGGCAAGGAUUCAGAGGAGGCCUGCGAGGACUCCUUGCCAGACACUUCUGCCACCAGCUGUGAGACUCCGCAGGACGAUGAGACACUGAGCCUCGGAUCCUUUGUUGCCUCAGAGGUGUCCUUUACAUCAAGCUCCAGCCGGUUACGGCAGCGCAGCAGCUCCAAGCCACUGCCACAACGCCUUGGAGCCUGCUUGCCAUUGGCUACCACCUCUGCCUGA